AUGGGGAACAUCUAUGGAGCCAUCCCUAUAGGACACUCAGUGACCUUGAAGGAGGAGUAUGCAAACAUAAAGGUUGUACUUGAACAACUGAAAUACCACGAUCAUGAAUGGUUGAUUUGUGUGGAUUUGAAAAUGGUGAGCUUCCUUUUGGGGCAACAAGGAGGUUACACCAGAUACCCUUGUUUCCUAUGCUACUGGGACAGUAGGGCUAAGGAGGAGCACUGGCGACGAGAGGAAAAAAGCAGGGAUAUUCGACGGACCUCAGAUCAGAACAUUACUCAAGGACCCACACUUCGUUAUGACGAUGACCGCGGUCGAAGCUCGAGCACGGAAUGCAGAAAAGAUGACAACUACCGAGAGAUUGUGGAGGAGCUGCUCCUUAGUCUGCGAGCGCUGGGGUGCAGAAUGAGCGUCAAGGUGCACUACUUGCACAGUCACCUGAGCAAGUUUCCAGAUAACCUUGGAGAUGUGUUCGAUGCCACCGUUGACAAUGCACGUCUGGUGCUGCAGAUCGACAACGCUCGCCUGGCAGCCGAUGACUUCAGAGUGAAGUACGAGUCCGAGUUGUCCAUCCGCCAGUCUGUGGAGGCUGACAUUGUGGGUCUGCGGAAGGUCAUCGAUGACACCAACAUGGGCCGCAUGAACCUGGAGAGCGAGAUCGAAACCCUGAAGGAAGAACUGAUCCACCUCAAGAAAAACCAUGACAAUGAUGUAAUGGAGCUUCGUCAGCAGAUCUCACAGUCAGGUGUCCAGGUGGACGUUGAUGCUCCUAAAGGUCAGGACCUCGCCCAGAUCAUGUCAGAAAUCAGGGCGAAGUAUGAGAAGAUGGCACUGAAGAACCAAGAGGAGCUCAAAGCAUGGCAUGAAUCUCAGAUUACAGAAGUACAGAGUCAAGUCACCCAAAACACAGAGGCUUUGAAGGGUGCCCAGACCGAGGUGAACGACCUACGCAGACAGCUGCAGACCUUGCAGAUUGAGCUGGAAUCACAGAUGAGCCUGAAAGCAACUCUGGAGGGAACACUCAGGGACACAGAUAUGCGCUACAACAUGGAGAUGGAGUCUCUCAACACCAUCAUCGUGAGUCUGGAGGCUGAACUGACGCAGCUGCGUGGCAACAUCCAGCAGCAGACGCAGGACUACGAGGUCCUGCUCAACAUGAAGAUGAAGCUGGAGGCCGAAAUCGCAACAUACAAGAGGCUCCUGGAUGGAGAGGAUUUCAAGCUCCAGGAUGCUAUGGAGGACCAGAAGACAGUGAAGACCCAAGUGAUGACCGUCACACAGACCUUGGUGGACGGCAAAGUGGUUUCCUCCAGCACAAAAACCAAGAACCUCUGAGCAUCCAGAUACCAGCUGACACCCCAGUCUGUCACCGGCACCUCAGUACAAUACUAACAUACCAUUGGCCAAAUGAUACAUUGAUGACACACCAAUACAUAAAUGAUAAAACAUCAACGCUGUUACAACAACUGGUUCUUAGUAGUUGCUUAUUAGUCGAGCAACAGUGUUGCACCACAGGCUAAAGGCCUUCAGAAUCCCAUACGUCACAGCCAUUGCUUACUAAUUUUGAAGCACUAACUUUCAAUUGACUAUUGACUGGAUCAGAGGAAAACUAGGUCAUUGUUUAUUUAUUUCAUUUUUUUUUUUUUGCUUAUUUGUUUGUGUGUUGACCUGACACAUUAGUGAGAGCAGACGUUUACAAAAGUAGUUCAGGAUUGGAAAAAUCAAAGGGUUCAAAUACAUCACAGUAUUUUUAAAAUGGCUAAAAGGUAAAUAAUCCGAAUGCUUUGUUACGUUAACCUUUGUUUUUGAUAUUGUUAUCAUCACCUUUGUUUUUCGUUUCUCUCUGUCCAGUCAAGUCUGCCUCAUGUGCUGCAAUGUUCUGACUUCCCAAUAAAACACAUUUCAAUAAAAUA